UGGCUCACAUCUGUUUAGAUGGUCUUUUUUCUUGUUAAAUUUCUGCAAUAAAUGACCCUGGAUCCAUUUCCUGCAGUAUCAGAGUUAAACUUCCCCUCCCUCCAUUCCUCACUCUGUCCCUAUAUUCUAGCUGUUAACACAGCUCAGACAGGAGUGGCUUCAUAUUUCAUGUGAAUUAAUCAUCAUGGAGCGAACUGCAACCACAUUUUAUGCAGUUAUGGACAAUAGACGUAUUAAAAUACUUACAUGGAUAUGUAAAUACAUAUUUUUGGUUUGGUGGUGAAUGGAUCUGCUUUAGAUAUUAGUGCACGCACUAACUUUGUCUAACAGGGAGUACUAUACAUCUCCCCUACUAAACAGGAAGAAUACCAGUUAACCCCCCAGUAUGUAGAAGCAAAUCCAAACAACAGGUGAUGAUGGGGUGGUGGAGGGUGAGUGCAGUUGUGAGCAGCAGCAGUGAAGCAGGCAAAAGCAGCGCAGGCAAGCAGCAGCACUGAGAGGUCUGAUUGGUGGUUUAAAAAGGCGCUCCAUUGGUGAUGUGUGCCUGUGAUUGGAUGGGUAAGAGAAGAGUGUUGUGUGUAUGCAAUUGGAUGAUUGUGGAAACGCGUGAGUAUGAGGUUAAUGGAGCCGACCGAUUGGUCAGCUGCAAUUUUUGAGUUUCCUGACAGAACUUGCUUUGCGCAUUCUGUGCGCAACGCUCAUUCGUUUCUAACUCUGAUGUGUGUUCAAGAGAGAAACUGCGCAAAUGGUUCAGUACACAAUGUGUAAAACAGAUUCUUCUGGAUAGAGCUGCUGUAAGAGGAUGAGUUUAACUGGAAGCCCUGUCUCUAUGUGCUGUGAGUUAGAGCUGCAGUAAGAGGAUGAGUUUAACUGGAAGCUCUGUCUCCAUGUGCUGUGAGUUAGAGCUGCAGUAAGAGGAUGAGUUUAACUGGAAGCUCUGUCUCCAUGUUCUGUUCACAGGGUUCAGGUAGAAAGAGCAGGGUCACCUGUACCCAGCUGUGUGUCUAUGAAGAGUGAUCAUUCAAUGAGGAGGAUACUCAACUUCAGAGAAGAGUUUCCAGGUGAUUCAAGGGUUCAGGUAGAAAGAGCAGGGUCACCUGUACCCAGCUGUGUGUCUAUGAAGAAUGAUGAUUCAAUAUGGAGGAUACUCAACUUCAGAGAAGAGUUUCCAGGUGAUUCAAGGGUUCAGGUAGAAAGAGCAGGGUCACCUGUACCCAGCUGUGUGUCUAUGAAGAAUGAUGAUUCAAUAUGGAGGAUACUCAACUUCAGAGAAGAGUUUCCAGGUGAUUCAAGGAUCCAGCAGUCACUGGAGUACAGCUCUUUUGAAGAGAAGAGCUCGGAUAAAUUAUCUUCCGCAAAACAGUCUCUCCUGCGCACUCUGAUGAAGCUGAAGAAGGAUGAGAAGUUGAAACUGUUUCAGAGCCAUCUGAGUCAGGUUUGCCCAGAAUGCUGUCUUGAAGAGCCUACUUGGCUGGCUAAGAUUAUGAAGUUCAUUUAUGAAUUGUUCAUCAGACGUGAAGUUGAUGAUUACCCAGAAUGCAUUGAGAGAGAGCAGGAGGAUCCUGAGGCUGUGUGCAUAGUUGAGAAGAUGCUGGAGACCUGUGGCAGUGAGGGGUCUCUGAAGAUCACACUCCACAUCCUCAGGAAGAUGAAGCAGAUGGAUCUCGCUGAUUCACUGGAAAGAGAUGAGCACAAUGAGUCCAUAAAAAGAGCCCAGCAGGCACUGAAAACUCAUCUGAAGAAGAAGUUUGAAUGCAUAUUUGAAGGUUUAGCAAAGCAGAGCCAGCCAACCGUCCUCAAUGAGAUCUAUACAGAGCUCUACAUCACAGAGGGGGGAAGUGGGGAGGUCAGUGAUGAACACGAAGUCAGACAGAUUGAGACAGCAUUCAAGAGACAAACCACACAGGAGACUGCAAUCCUCUGCAAUGACAUCUUUAUGCCUUUACCUAGACAAGCGAAACCUGUCAGAACUGUGCUUACAAAGGGCAUCUCUGGCAUUGGGAAAACUGUCUCUGUGCAGAAGUUCAUUCUGGACUGGGCAGAAGGAAAAGCCAAUCAGGACGUUGAUUUCAUCUUCACUCUUCCUUUCCGAGAUCUGAAUCUGCAGGAGAAAAGAGAAUUCAGUCUGAUGCAGCUUCUGCAGCACUACUUUCCACAGCUGGAAGAGAUCAAAAGUGUUGAAGGUGAUGAAGUCAAAGUUGUAUUUAUCUUUGAUGGACUGGAUGAGUGUCGACUUCCUCUAAAUUUCCAAAGUAAUAAGUACUGCUCCGAUAUAACAGAGUCAUCAUCAGUGGAUGUGCUGCUGACAAACCUCAUUAAGGGGAAUCUGCUUCCCUCUGCUCUCCUCUGGAUCACCUCCCGACCAGCUGCAGCCAAUCAGAUCCCUCCUGAGUGCGUCCACCAGGUGACAGAGGUACGAGGGUUCAAUGACCCGCAGAAAGAGGAGUACUUCAGGAAGAAAAUCAGAGAUGAGAACCAGGCCAGCAGAAUUAUCUCACACAUGAAGUCAUCCAGGAGCCUCUACAUCAUGUGUCACAUACCAGUCUUCUGCUGGAUUUCUGCUACUGUUCUGGAGACAAUGUUGGCUGAAACAGAGAGUGGAGAUCUGCCCAAAACUCUGACUGAAAUGUACACACACUUUCUGCUCAUUCAGACUAAUGUGAAGAAUCAGAAAUAUCAUGGCACUGAUGAGACAGACACAAAGAAGAUGUCAGCAUCAGAUACAGAAAUCAUCCUGAAACUGGGACAGCUGGCUUUUCUACAGCUGGAAAAGGGCAAUCUGAUAUUCUAUGAAGAGGACCUGAAAGAGAGUGGCAUUGAUGUCAGUGAAGCUUCAGUGUACUCUGGGGUGUGCACAAAGAUCUUUAAAGAGGAGUGUGGGUUGCACCAGGAGAAGGUCUACUGCUUUGUGCAUCUGAGCAUUCAGGAGUAUCUGGCUGCCUUGUUUGUGUUUCAUUCAUGUGUAAAUGAGAACAGAAAUGUACUCAGAGCAGAAGAAUCAAAACCUCACAGUGACAGAGUGCAGCUGUCUGAGUUACACAGGAGUGCAGUGGAUCAGGCCUUAGAGAGUAAGAAUGGACACCUGGACUUUUUCCUCCGAUUCCUUCUUGGCCUCUCACUGGACUCCAUUCAGACUCUCUUAGGAGGACUACUGACACUGACAGAAAGCAGAUCUGAUGAAGGAAGACAAAAAAAAACUCCAUGUUUACCUUCUUUCAAAGACUACUGCCACAGACAGAAAGCAGAUCAGAGACCAUUGAGAAAACAGUCCAGUACAUUAAGGAGAGGAUCAGAAAGGAGUCUUCAGCAGAGAGGACCAUCAAUCUGUUCCACUGUCUCAAUGAACUGAAUAACAACUACCUAAUGCAGGAAAUCCAGAAUUCCCUGAGAU